CAAUACUUCAAUUAGCAAACUCAAAAUAUUUAGUCGACAGUCUACACAAUCUUAUGUUUGUUAAUUGUAGGUCUGCUAUAAUAAUGCAAUGUUUAAUGAAUUUGUUGAUUCUAUUAUGAAAACUUAAUCCUCAAAAAAUUUAAUAUGAUUGUUAUCGAUCAAAUCAUUUUUGAUAUUGAAAAUGUUUAUAAUGAGAUUGUCAAAUGUUGGAGUUUUUAAAAAAAAAAAAAAAAAUUAAAAAAAAAAACUUAUAAAAAAUAUCAAAUAAAAAAAUAUAACUUUUUUUGAUAAAAAAAAUUUAGGAUUAAAAAAUAAAAAUAAAAAAUUGGUACGUCUCAACCGUCUUCUUUCCCGGGCCGGACCGUUUUUAAAAACAUAUCCCACGACCAGUGAGCGAGUGACCCUUCUCCCUGAUCCAUAAUCAUGGGUAUCCGAUCUUCGAUUAUGGAUGUACUAAAACUAUGGCAUUUGCAAGGAUUGAAGACGAUUAGACGAAGAUGGAAGAAGGAGAUAUCCAAGAUAUUACGUGUAAAUUUGCGUGUUUGACAACGAGGGGGACUAAACUUCGGGACUCCUGAAUUUGAGGAUCCAACAUAGCUCACAACCAAAGAAAACGUGCCCCACAUUAGCAAUCGCAAAAUGAAAAAUAUUCCAGCAGUUUUCAAUCAGACAAUUCUUUCAAGAACCGAUUCUAGGAUCCACCAAGUGUUCGACAAAAUGCCAAAGAGACAAGUAACAAACAUUACAACAAUAUGAGUGCCAAGGACAACAAAGACGUUGUUUUCCCAACAAACAAUUUGGUUGAUAAGAACCCUAAAGAGAUGCAUCAUAACAGGUUCGAUGAAGAGUAUAGAAAAUCUAGUUUUGAUAAUAACGACAAAGAUAAAACAAAAGAAAGUUUGGAUGUUGAUGAAGAGAAAGAGAAACAAGAUGAGCAUCGAAUCAAAACUGUUAGAUGGUUUGAUGAGGCUGAAAAGAGUCUAAUGGAUCUUGGAAUUUCAGAGGAUGAAAGAAGCAAAAGAUUAGAGAGUCUAAUGGAAAGAAGAAGAUCAAAAAAGCUAUCAAGCUUUCAAGUUAGAAGAACUGGAAUAGGAAAUACAAGCUGUGAUCAACUUUCUUCCCUCAAUAUCCCAAAAAAGAAUCCAUUUCUUUCAGAUAAUUCAGCUUCUCCUGUUUCAGCUCCAUCUUACAUGGUGAAAAGCAACCCUUUUGACCUUCCUUAUGAUCCCCAUGAAGAAAAGCCGAUUCUCACUGGAGAUACAUUUGAAGAUGAGUUCAGAGCUACUCAUCAUAAAGAUUCAAAACAUGGGCCUUCUAGAUUAGGCAGUUUUGCACCUCCGAAAUUCACAAAUUAUAAAUACAAAACAUCUUUUCAGACUGAUUUUUCCAUCAAACAGUUACCCUCUGGGAAACUUGUCACUUCCACAGUUGAAAACAAGGAAGAUGACAACAAACAGGAUAAACGUGAUGAUGUUUCAAACCCUAAUCAUUGCACCAAUGAUAACCAUGCUAAAGAAGAAAACAAGGAAGCUGACAAGAAACAACCUCAACAAGAUGAUUCAAAAGUAGCUGAAAAAGUGUUUGACAUUCCCGAUGAAGCAAACAGAAUCUCAAAAAAUACAAAAGAAAAGGAAAUUGAACAUGAAAAAAUCUCCAUUGAUGACUCAUCAACUUCAUCAUCAUCAUCAUCAUCAUCUUCAUGUAGUGAAGAUGAAAAACGAAUGAUGAGACCAAACAAAGAAGCAAUCUUGCAUUCUUUAAGUAUGUCACGAAUGAGAAGCGUUUCACUUUCACUUUCACAAGGAAAGAGUUUUCAUAGACAUGCAGAAACAUUCGACUGUGGUCCAUCUUCACUGUUUGACAAGUCAAAAACCGAUUGUUUCUUUUUUGGGGGAAAUAAAAAAAUUCAUUACGCAUCAAUGAAUUCCAUUGCUUCUGAUAUGCAGGUUGAGGUUUCAGAAGUUGGUUCGCCUACAUCCACAUCUCUACUUAAUGAAAACCUGGUUGACUCAGUUAACUCGUUUGAUUUGGAUUUAAAUGAUGUAAGAUUGAGCGAUGUAGAUGAUUUUAGCGACCAAAGUUCUGUAGAAUCCGAUUUUUCAAGAACAAAUCAUGAUUCAAACGAGAAAACCGAUAGUUAUACAAAGAUAGAGGAAUGGUGUACGUUUGAGAAGUUAUAGAAGCAACCAACCGAAGGCUAAGAACCAUGUGAAUCACAUGGUUUAGAAAGUGAUACUAUUAAGAGUUUUGAAGGAAGAGAUUGAUGAGGAAAUUUUAGGGUAAAUUUGUUUUAUAGCUAGAUAUAGGAGUGCGUUAGUUAAUUUAUACUUGUAAUUUUGUUUAUUGUAAUUUAUAAUUGUAUAUUUGUUUUAUAUUUACACAUUUGUCAAUGAAGUUGUGUCA